CUCUGCCCUGUCCCUGUGCCCUGGAGAGCUGUGCGGAGGAGCAUCGGCUGCUCUGUGCUGCCGCUCUGUGGGGAGCUGGGGGUACUGCAGGCUCUCUGUAGGGGGCAGCCUCCCGUGGAUUAGAGCGGAGUGCACGCAUUCUCUUCCUCUCCUCCCUCCUGUAUCCUCACCUCCCUCUCUCUCCCAUUCAGAGGCACUCGCAAUCUUCCUGCACUUUUCUGCCUCACCUGAAUUCCUCUGCUCCUCUUCUGCUGAGAUGCAGCUCCUCACCCUGCUGCACUGACACCACCUGCACUCCAGCCUCCUGCAUCUGACACCUGUGCUCCAGCCUUCUGCAACUGGACUCCACCCUGCUGCACGGACACCUUUGCUCCACCCUGCUGCACUUACACCUGCACUCCAGCCUUCUGCAACUGACACCUGUGCCCCAACCUGCUGCAACUGACACCUGUGCCCCAACCUGCUGCAACUGACACCUGUGCCCCAACCUGCUGCACUGACACCUGUGCCCCAACCUGCUGCAACUGACACCUGCACUCCAGCCUUCUGCAACUGGACUCCACCCUGCUGCAACUGACACCUGCACUCCAGCCUUCUGCAACUGACACCUGUGCCCCAACCUGCUGCACUGACACCUGUGCCCCAACCUUCUGCAACUGACACCUGCACUACAGCCUUCUGCACCUGGACUCCACCCUGCUGCAACUGACACCUGUGUCCCAGCCUGCUGCACCUGGACUCCACCCUGCGGCAUCUGACACCUGUGCUCCAGCCUUCUGCACCUGGACUCCACCCUGCUGCAACUGACACCUGUGUCCCAACCUGCUGCACCUGGACUCCACCCUGCGGCAUCUGACACCUGUGCUCCAGCCUUCUGCACCUGGACUCCACCCGGCUGCAACUGACACCUGUGCUCCAGCCUGCUGCAACUGACACCUGUGCUCCAGCCUGCUGCAACUGACACCUGUGCCCCAAUCUGCUGCACUGACACUAGUGCUCCAGGCUUCUGCACCUGGACUCCACCUUGCUGCACUGAUACCUUUGCUCCACCCUGCUGCAACUGACACCUGUGCUUCACCCUUCUACAACUGACACCUAUGCUCCAGCCUGCUGCUACUGACACCUGUGCCCUAACCUACUGCACUGACACCUGCACUCCACCCUUCUGCAACUGACACCUGUGCUCCAGCCUGCUGCAACUGACACCUGCACUUCAGCCUGUUGCACUGACACCUUAUCUCCACCCUGUUGCACUGACACCUGUACUACAGCCUGUUGCACUGACACCUUAUCUCCACCCUGUUGCACUGACUCCUGGGCUCCUGCUGCACUGACACCUGUGCCCUACCUGUCCCUCUACCAUCACCUGCCCAGCCUGGGAUUAAUCCUCCACACUCCCUGCCACCAGGCUGGCAUCUCUAGCUGCCAGGACCCGGGCUCAGCGGUCAUGCCUUUUGGAUGCAUCAGUGUCCGCAAUGAGAAAACGUAUAAUUGCUUCUCUGAUAUCACAGACAAGUAUGAGAUCGGCCAACUUCUCUGCGCGAAGGAGUUCUGUGAGAUCUGUCUGGCCCGAGAGAUGCAGACGGACCGUCUCUACGUCUGUAAGAAGUUUCUGAAAAAGGAUGGACGGAAAGUGAGGAGGGCGGCAAAGAAUGAAAUAAUGAUCCUGAAAAUGGUGAAUCAUCCAAAUAUUCUGCAGCUGAUCGAUACUUUUGAAACCAAGAAAGAAUUUUAUAUUAUUCAAGAAUUAGCCACAGGAGGGGACGUCUUCGACUGGAUCCUGGAGCAAGGCUAUUACUCGGAGAAAGACGCCAGUAACGUGAUCCGCCAGGUGCUGGAGGCUGUAGCCUAUUUACACAACCUCCACAUUGUUCAUCGGAACCUGAAGCUGGAGAAUCUGAUGUACUACAACCAGAAUAAUCACUCCAAGGUCGUCCUGCGAGACUUCUACCUAUCAUGCUUUGAGAGUGGAGAAAUUACUGAGCCAUGUGGGACCCCUGAGUACUUGGCUCCCGAGGUGGUAUCCCGGCACAGAUACGGGCGUCCUGUUGACUGUUGGGCGGUUGGCGUGGUUAUGUAUAUACUGCUUUCUGGGAACCCCCCUUUCUACGAUGAGAACGAGGAAGAGAACGACGAGAGUCAUAACAGGAAAAUUUUCCGAAAAAUUCUGGCCGGGGAAUACGAGUUUGAUUCUCCGUACUGGGACGUCAUUUCCGCAUCAGCGAAAGAUCUUGUGUCGCGUUUGAUGGAGAUGGACCAGGAGCAGAGGAUCACUGCGCAAGACGCCGUAGGGCACAUCUGGAUCUCAGGAAAUGCCGCUUCGGAGAGGAACCUGAAAGAAGGUGUCUGCGCCCAAAUUGAAAAGAACUUUGCUAAAGCCAAAUGGAGGAAAGCCAUCCGGGUUACUACAUUCAUGCAGCGGCUCCGAGCUCCAGAGGGCACGGCCGGGCGCCUGCCGGUCACCCCACGAUCUUCCAUGAGUGUGUCGCACGAGGUCACGGUGGAAGCAUGCCCUUCGCCGCAAUCCUCCCCUUCUGAACUCAGCAUUCCGAAAGCCGUCUGGAAUCCCACCAGAGUGUUGCAGGCCACCGAAAGCGGAGAACCUUUAUCUGGGCAAGCAGAGUAUGCUGGGCCUUAGCGCGGCCUACAGUAACCACCUGGCACCCUAAAACCAAAACAAUGCCGCCUCAAAGGCAAGUGUCUCGCUUGCGAAAAACCAAAAGCUGGCGCCUCCGCCACAGACAUUUGUUAAUACGGAAAACCAAUACAUGUUUUUGGGCAGAGAUUAGAGACCGUACAAGUUGGGGAUAUAUGACCUAGCAAAAUAAGUUAUUUAAGGGGACCACCGAUGAUGCUUCAGGUAUAAGUCACCAGACGUGAGAGGACAGAACCUCCAAUUGGAGGCCCCAGGCAAGGAAUUAUUUGCUAUUAGUUUAUCUUUUCCUGGUCAAACAUUUUCUAAAUAAAGUCUCACAGGAACAUUUGUCCCUCAGCAUAGAGAACACAGUGACGUUUCACUAACAAACAGACCCACCCACCCAAGACUGAGGCCUAGUACUGAGAAAGGCGAGCGGGUGUGGGGUCUCUGGCAGGCCUGCUGUUCCUCCGCCAGUUAUUCCAACGUGAGUCCGGGUGGGUUCCCGCUGCAUGUCAUCUGCAUGUUUACAUGUUUUACGUUGAAGUGUAUACCCUUACUCCGCCACAGAGGCCGGUACCCUGGCAGUAAGGAGAUGAAACCAAUAAAAUAAGACCAAUAACUUAC